CAUGAUAUUUAACAGUUUCUGAGUUAAUCAUAUAUGUAAUCGUUAUAAUAAUCAGAUUAACAACCAAAUACCUUCAUUAGAAAUACAAUUAUGGAGGAAAGUAAUUUGGAAGUUGAUGUUCCUCUAUUUCCACAAGAAGAAGAGAAACGAGUGGAAGAAAAAGCCGGCAGCGAAAACUGCUAUUGCGGCAAAGAUAGAAAUCUUAACGUAGUGGAAUUGUUGUGUGCUAAUUGUAAUAAAUGGUAUCAUGAGAUUUGUAUAAGUUAUCAGCUUGGAAAACUUGUGCCGUUUAUGACGAAUUAUGCUUUUAUUUGUAAGAAUUGUUCACCAACAGGUUUGGAAGUAUUUCGUAAAAGUCAAGCAACUAUUCAACAAAUGUGUAUGACAGCUAUUGCAAAUAUGCAGCAAAAUAAUAACAAGGAUGGAGUUAAUAAAUCUGUUUUCAGUAAGGAUAAGGAGAUAAUACCAUAUAUUGAACUAUAUUGGGAGUCUAUGAACACCAUGCCAAGAAGAGUUACACAAUCAUGGUAUUUGACUGUACAACGAUCAUUAAUGAAGGAUUUGAAUACUGUUUUUACGUAUGAGGAAACGACCGAGGGAGGUGGAAUGUUUGGGCUAGUUUCACAAGAUCUUUCACAAAUUAAACCAAAUUAUGAAGCAGUUGGAAAAAUGGGUACACUUCGCUUAAUGGAAGAUGGUUACACACAAGGUGUUUUAUCUAAAAAUAAUCGUCAGAAUAAACGAAAGUUUCCUGGAACUGAUUCUGGUCCAACCGGUAAAAAGGGUCGACCCAGUUCAGACGUAACGGCAAAUAUAAAAUUGCCAGCACAUGGUUAUCCCUUGGAUCAUCCGUUUAACAAAGAUGGUUAUCGCUACAUAUUGGCAGAGCCUGAUCCACAUGCGCCUUUCCGACAAGAAUUCGACGAAAGUUCUGAUUGGGCUGGUAAGCCAAUACCUGGCUGGCUAUACCGUUCAUUGGUUCCGAAUACUGUGUUAUUAGCGUUACAUGAUCGCGCACAACAAUUAAAAAUAACAGAGGACCGUCUCGCAGUUACUGGUGAGAAAGGUUAUUGUAUGGUACGCGCAACACAUUCUGUAAAUCGCGGAAACUGGUACUUUGAGGUAACUAUUGAAGAAAUGCCUGAUACAUCUGCAACUCGUCUUGGUUGGGGGCAAGAAUUUGCUAAUCUACAAGCACCACUUGGAUACGACAAAUUUGGAUAUUCGUGGCGUUCACGUAAGGGUACACGAUUUCACGAAAGUCGUGGAAAACAUUAUAGUAAUGGUUAUGUUGAGGGUGACACGCUGGGAUUUCUAAUUGUGUUACCAGAACAAAGAUCUUUCAACUAUUUGCCAAAUACGUUUAAAGAUAGGCCCCUAGUUAAAUUUAAAUCUCAUCUUUACUACGAAGAUAAGGAUAAAUUACCUGAAACGCUUAAGAGUUUGAGAGUGCUGCCGAACAGUAAAAUAGAAUAUUUUAAAAAUGGUCAAUCUCAGGGAGAGGCUUUUGUUGAUAUAUAUAGCGGUUCUUAUUAUCCAACUAUCUCCAUACACAAAAGUGCAACAGUAAGCAUUAACUUUGGUCCGAACUUUAAGUAUGGCGACACUUUAAUGGAGCAUAAUGCCAAAGGAAUGAACGAGAGGGUAGAAGAAUUAUUAGCUGAGCAGUUUUUGUCAGAUUUAAUUUAUUUAACAGAAAAUCAAGGAACGUUGCGUUUGGAUAACUUAAAUAUAUAAUAUUUCUACAGUUAUAAUAUUGA